GCGCUAAAUGUCACCCCCAAGGUGUGAAUGGAACGCGCUUUGUGUACACAGCGCAAGCAACGUGAUCAAGCUCGCAGUGUACAGCGACUAUGGUCCAGCCACUUCUCAGUCCCAUUGCAAAGUCCAUUCCUGAAGCAGGAACUGCACACAACAUCAUUAUACUACGGAGGCCGCUGCGAAUCAACACAGACCACUAUUGAGAGGCCGAAUGAAGAGCAAUAUACAUGUAUACAUACAACAAUCCCUGGGUGAUUUGACUUCACACAUACAGUGUGUAAACGAUUCUUAACUCUUAGUGGAUAGCUGCACCUUACUUGAUUUUUCUUCACCGACUAAAACCAGAUUGUGCAGAGCGACCAGCCGUCAAAGCUUUGGAUUUAUACCGUUGAACAGCGUUACCAACCCCGAUAGAGUUCCAGCUUUUGCACGUGGAGUUUCGGUUUGGCUUUGAUUUUGUUCGUAUACGCUGAAUGUCCAUCCAGUUUUCAUGAUUUGGCUACGAGACUGAACGGUUAUGGGGAACCAAAGAGUGAACCGUGUAAGCAGUAUCACUACAGCAGCAGAACGACCGUCGCAGCCGGGUGAGGCGGUAGCUACAUGGAUGGUUAUGGGUAGAGGACAGCGCUUCCACCGCGCGUCUCAUGGCCAAGCAACGGCCGUUGUUCUCUACAUUCUCGUCAUUGUCGCCAUGUUAAUCUCCACAGUUUCCUCGGAGUGUAAAUUGAAAAAAUGUUCGGAAAAAUACUCACAGAGACUCGCAGACGGCGACCGGCGAACACCGAAUCGUAGAUUCUGUCAGGCCCUUGUCGACUACAACAAAUGUGUGAUGGGAAUCCCACCGCGGUCAUGUCGUGGGGAGCUGAACUACCAUUCCACCCUUUCCAUCAUCCCCGAUCUCAUGGAAUCCAAUAAUUGCGAGGCGAUUUUAGCCGAGGAAGAGGUCACAGCAUCGCCUCUUCCUAGUGGGGCCACCCCUCCUAUGCGGACCCGGACCCAAGAGGUCCAACAUUACGAUAAAUGCGACUAUCAUGGCGAGAGUAACUUCAAGAGUUGCAGCUUAUUCGGGGAUCCACACCUCAGAACUUUCGAUGGGUCUUUUCAGACGUGUCGGGUGGCUGGAGCUUGGCCGGUGUUUUACAAUAAGUAUGUCGCUGCCCAGGUGACCAAUGUCCAGUUGCUUCAUGGGUCUGGUGCUACAGCUACUACCAAGUUGUCCGUGAUCAUCAAGGGACACGAGGAGUGCGCCGAGCGUAAGUUGUACCUCGCCCAGACCGGUAACCUCCCGGGAGCCUUCGUGGACGGCACGCGGAGUACAGGACCCCGGGGCAUGGGAGUGUACGUUUCGGAGAUUGUACCCGAGAAACACGUGGAGAUUCACAUCAGGUACAUUGGUACCGUGAUCAUCAUCCGACAAAUCGGUGAAUAUUUGCUCUUCUCUGUCAGGAUGCCGGAGGAGAUCAUCAAGAGGCAAGGGCCGGAGGAUCUUCAGCUCUGCGUCCGGGGUUGUCCCGGCCGCGAGAAGAUCGACUAUGUGGAGUUUUUAAAACAGACUAAAGACGUAGACAAGGAGAAGUUACAGAGAGCCAUCGAAAAGUGUCGCCAGACCAACGUCAUUGACGUGUACCUUGACUCGUGUGUGUUUGAUCUGCUGACUACCAGCGACGACAACUUCACCAAUGCUGCUGAGAGUGCAUUGCGAGAUAUCUCAAGGCUGCAGCCCAACGCAUCACUCUCCCUCCACAACAGAACUAGUGUGUUUGAAGACAGUGAAAUAUUGGCUGUUUUACCGCCAAGACGGAAUGGUGGUUCACCACCAAGAACGCUCAGCUCUAUGGCGGUUCACACACACUUUGCAAUAGUAUUACUGACUCUUUGGGCGUCGCAUCGGCUAGCUACAACCUGUAACCACGUCAUAUAGGAUGCUACUUAAAAAUGUGUUUAAAAUAUUAUAUUAUUUUGCAAGACUAUUGAUAUAUAUAUUGUAUAUAGGAAGUGUACAUAACUAUACAGAUUUAAAAAAUGCUAGCUACAUUGUACCACCGUUUAUAAUUAUUGCUAAAGAUGUACAUAUUAAUGGUGACGAGAAAUACUAUAUGAACUGGAGUGUAUUUACUUUUUAUUUUGCUGUAAUUAUCAACAGAAGAGACUGUAUUACCGCAAAUAACGAACGAUGGUAUCACCGUGUGUUACUGGUGAUGGAGAUUUUGGAGAAAUUCUCUGCUAAAAUUGUCCAAGUGAUUUAGGGAAAUGUUUGAAACAAAUUUUGAAAAAAAAUGUCCCGGGUCAUAUAAUUAUUUGGGUUGCUUUAGAAUGUCUAUAUAUACCAUGCCUGGUAUGGUGCGAAAGACAAUGUUCCCACACCUUAACACAUUAUUUUCUACUUGUGCUGAUUGCUGCAGUACACCACCCCCCCCCCCCUAAAAAAAACACCUCGAAAGAAUAGUCCAAUCACACAGUGAAGACCAUGCAUCACGCAAAGCAGAUCGAGCAUCAAAUGAGCUUCUACACAAUCGGUUAUGAAAUUCCACCGCUACGUGUUAUAGUCUUAAUACCAGAUUCAACGGGAGACUUUCUGGGACGAUUGAAAUUCACCCGGUAAGUCUGCUGCCACCUAGCGUUGGAAAGUCUCCCAUUUUUGUGGUACCUUUUGUUUUGGUCUUAACCCAGGGACCACAUUCCAUUUCCUGGUGUCGUCGCAUAUCAAAUCUACCACACACAAGCUGCGCAAGGUUACAGCUCAGCUAGUGUUUUGUACUGUGGGGUGCAGCAAAAUGCUACAACUUUUGCUACUCAAUAUUAAUAUUCAGUGUGAACAAGUUUUUUUUUUUUUUGCUUUACAAAAUUGAUGGACGAAAUCGUUCUCUGGAUUGAGGUUGUGGGAUGCCAUUUUGGCGGGGGGGGGGGGCUUCAAACAUCUUCCUAAAUCAACUGACAUUAAUUUGAAUCUUGCUGUAGAGUGAGACUAUGAAGGCGCUUUGAGUCAUUUUGUAUUUUAAAUUAAAUUAAUUCUUCCUGUAUUGUGUUUACUUAUUCGACAAAUUCUUCAUUGAAUCAUUUUGAGCCGAACUGUAUUCAUUACGUGGUGCAGCAUUGAACGGUUUAGCAAAACCUGUUCCUGUUAAGUUACAAUUUUUUAUUUUUUUUAUGUAGGCCUAUCUUAAAGACACUGGACACCCUUGAUAAUUACUUAUACUUGGUAACGACCAAUGGAGAGCUGUUGAUAUUAUAACACCCGUAUUAGAGGCCCCCUUCCUGAAGAAAUGUAGUUUUUGAGAAAGAGGCAAAUUCUCAGUUUGUUUUUGUUUUCUUCUUUUUUUUCUUUUUUCAUU